UACCAAACAGUAUCAUUUAAUUUCAGUAUCAAACAUUUAUACUCCUGUUUUUUCUGAUCUGAUUGAUGUUUUACUCACCUGUUUUACUCCGUGCUGUUGGUCGUCAAUUCCAGUGGUAUGACGUUUACAUAAUUUCGGGACACACCGACUUUCAAAACGAGCACAACAACACUUUUUCCUCAUUUGACGUAGAAUCAGGAAGUCACGGGAUAGUUUUGCUUCGGUUUUUCGAGUAUCAAAACGGUGUGGUUGUUGCUUUCUCUAGAGUAAAAAAUGAGCCGAAUUUAUAACAAUACGUCCUUGCAGAAUAAACCUGUUCACAAUGAAAAGAUUGAACACGCGUGGGCCCCCUCCUCAUAUCAGAGUGGUCUAGGUGUCAUAUUAGAGGGAAAGUUGGUUGAUGUCUCACGCCAUGUUAUCACUGACGUCAACAAUCAGAAGGACCGUUUCUAUGUCCUAUACAUCAAACCUAGUCGAAUCCACCAAAGGAAAUUUGAUGCUAAAGGAAUGGAAAUUGAACCAAACUUCAGUGAUACCAAAAAGGUCAACACUGGUUAUCUCAUGUCAUCAUUCAAGGUGGAGGCUAAAGGAGAGACUGAUUGCCUCACUGAGGUCCAGCUGGAAAACCUCGUGACCAAGGAGGAUCUGGUGAAAGUGACAGGGAAACACUGUCUAAGUGGGACCUAUGCUUUCUGGUACCCAGAGGGAGAGAUGAGCAAGACUGAACUAGAAACGGGCCAGGACAUUAGACUGAAAACCAAAGGCGAUGGCCCAUUUAUUUUUUCCUUGGCCAAAGUCUAUGGAGGCACAGUGACCAAAUGCAAUUUUGCCGGAGACAAAGAAGCAGGAACAUCGUGGACAGACAAAAUAAUGUCCAACAAAUCCGAUGCCAGCAGUGCAACGAAGCCUGAAGGCCAUGGCGAAGGAGCAGAUGAGGAGGAAUGGGAUGAAUGAGGAGAUGAAUGGAAUUGCACAGUAAAACCUCCUUAUUCCUGUGAUGGUUUGUACUCCACGGUUCCACCCUCUUAACAUUGCUUGUGCAGCAUAUGCACACUAAAGAGGAAGAGUGUCAUUUCAUGUUUUAUUCAGAACUCCUUUUGUAAUAUAGAGUUCUCUACAAGAAGUUGACAAAUCUGGCUAUUGCAGUGUAUCUUCGAUAUAGGGGUGUACAUGUAUUGCUUUGAACCUGUCUUUAGUAAACGUCAUACAUGCUUUACUUCUCUACUUUUUCUCUACUGAAAAUGUAUCCUUGUUUGUAGAAGGGUACAAAUGAUAUGUACUACACAUAUUAACCUUGUAAUAAAACAAAUAUGUCAAUUUAUCUGA